GCUGCACUGCAACUAAAGACGUAUUUGCAAUUGUUAAAAAAUUAAUUAUUUUCAUUCAUCACUUGACUUCCAGUUUUAUAUGAGCUCAGCCACAAAAGAAAACCACUAUUAUAAUCAGCCGCGCGCUUCACAACACUGCUCUGGGUUUUGCGCUGUUUUUGUUGCAGUUGUUGCUGUUGCUUUUGAUUUUGAGUGCCAGACAGACGGAGCAUGGCCAAAAAAGCACAAGAAAAGGUAACAGCAUCGCCCAUUGUACCCAUGGGCUACUCUCAGCUGCUCACCCAGGUGGCAGGCCACACAUUCGAAGCGACCAAUGCAGCCGCCGUCGGGCUGCUCCAAGACGCUGGCGAGGGCUGCGUUUUCAAGCCGCUUGGCAAACCUGAGUGCGGCGUACGUGAACUCAAUUUCUAUGAGUCACUGGCGGCGGCAAUUGCGACACAAGCCAAGGCAGACGCCGGGGCCAAUAACCUGAAUGGUGCAGGUGGUGAGGGGAAAGGCGAAACGGAUCAGUCACUGCUCGCCGCAUUAGCAGCUCACGUCCCCCGCUAUUAUGGUCAACUCAAACUGGUUGUUAAUCAGCGUGAGCACACAUUUAUCAAAUUAGAAGACUUGACACACGGCAUGGCCAAGCCGUGUGUCAUGGAUGUGAAAAUUGGCCGACGCACCUGGGAUCCAUUGUCAUCGUUGGAGAAGCGCACCAUCGAGGAGCAAAAGUAUGCGCUUUGCAAACAAAAUCUGGGACUAUGCCUGCCCGGCUUUCAGGUCUAUUGCCCGGAUGAAGAGCAACCCGAACAAACUGUACUGAUUCGCAAGGGUCGAGACUAUGGCAAAAGCCUGGAUGUGAUGGGCUUUCAGAAGGCAUUGGCCCUCUUCUUUAAUGCCAGCUGCAGCUCCAGCAAUGUGCUUCUCCACGAGGUGCUGAACCAGCUGCGUUCCAUACGCACCUGGUUUAAGCAACAGCGUUUAUUUCAUUUCUACGCCAGCUCUCUGCUCAUCUGCUACGACUUCGAGCAGCUACAGAAGCUGGCCACAUCCAACUCCAAAGUGUCGCUGCACAAUGGCUUCCAUGCGGAUGUCGCAGAGCCUGUCCUGCCCACCAAAUCGAAAGAAUGGAUACGCGUACGCUGCAUCGAUUUCGCUCACAUCUUCCCGGCCGAGGAUGCACAGCCCGAUCACAAUUAUAUGUUCGGGCUACAGAGCCUCAUCGAUAUAGUCGAGGCGAUGCUCCACCGAUAACAGGCACCGGGAGACUGCUCAGCCGGCGGGUCCAAAACACACACACACAUUUGUAUUACCACUAAGCCAAAAGAUUAGAUCACAGCAGAGCUGUAAUUAACUAGUUGACAAGAAAAGACAUUUUUGCAAACUAAAAAUUACUUGAUAAAUCAAAUUUCAUUACAAUUACUUCACAAUUGCUCAGUAGCGAAGCCAAAACUGUACUUAAUGAAUUAAAUAUGCAAUUGAAAAGUAAUUAUAAAAUAACUGCAUACACAUAGAUUAAACUUUAAUUACCAAUGCAGUAGGCAUACGUAAUUGCUAGUAAUUAGCUGCAUUUACGCAAAGUAAUUACAAAAUUAAAAUAAACUGAAUUACAUACCAUUUAUAUACAUUUAAUAAACUUGCAAGUAAUUGCUGGUAGUUAAACACGAUGCAUCAAGUAAUAAAAAGAAGUAAUUAAAGUUUGUCAACUUGAAAUUCCUGGUAAUUAAAAAGUAUUUCCUGGUAAUGAAUUAUAUACUAUAUAUAUUACAGCUCUGGUCCACAGUAGCAACAGCUCACACGUGGCUACUUUAAACAAAAAUUUAGAAUAAAUACUCGUUUUGUA